GUAAAUAGACUAGAAGAGAAAAGAAAAGAAAAGAAAAAAAAAAAAAAAAAAACAGUGUUUAAUAUGGUGUUUACGAUAAUUCAAGAAAUUAAAAGUAAAAAGAUAUAAAUUUCACCUAAUUGACGUACAGUCCUUCGUUGUAUAAGGUAUCGAGAGAAACUUUGUUUCAAAACUUUUUUAUAAUCCACUAUACACAAACAAAUUAUGCAGUAAUAACUUAAUUGCCACCAACAUUAUAGAAAACUUUUAAUUUGAAAAUAAACUGAGAAAAAAUUAUAAACAAAACUCUGUAUAUAAGUUUGCGUUAUACGUACUAUAUAAAAAUAUUUGAGACGACACUAAGGGACACAUAACGUUCUGCGUUUAUUAACAACGCAUCAACAAUGAAUAUAUUGUAUCGUCCGAAAUUAAGUGAUGGCAAAUUGGUGCGUCUCUCUUGGCCGAUUGCCAUGUUUCGUUUAACUCAUAUAGUUUGUUGGCCUCUAGAGGACGAUGCACCCAGGUGGGCGUAUUUUUUUGACAGAUUUUGUUGGCUUUUGGCUUUUAUCAUAUUUGUGCUAACCAAUGACGCGGAACUUCGUUAUUUACGCUUUAAUAUGCAAAAUCUGGACGAACUAUUAAAUGGUGUACCAACAUAUUUAGUUCUAAUUGAAGCGCAUAUACGCGGCUUUACUUUGGGUUAUAGAAAAAAUAAAUUCAAAAAUUUAUUACGAAAAUUCUAUAGCGAUAUUUAUGUGGAUGAACAACAUCCUUCGUUAUACAAGAAGAUUCAGCCAAGGUUUUGGCCUCUUUACGUUUUCUCGAGCAUGUAUGUUGCAACAUUGAUUAAUUUUAUUGUAACGCCUCUCAUACUACUACUAAGCAGGGGUAGUCGUGAGUUAACAUUUAAAAUGAUACCGCCUUUCGAGUACAGAUCUCUCCCGAUUUACUUACCCUGCCUACUAAGUAAUAUUUGGAUAGGUUUCCUAGUUGUUUCAUUGUUUUCCGCUGAGCCAAAUAUCUUGGGUUUAGUCGUUUUACAUUUACACAGUCGUUAUCUACUUAUGAACGAGGAUUUACAAAAGAAAACUGCAAAUUUAUUAAAGAAUCCUAGUAAUAGUGAGAUCGCGCGAAGAUUUCGCAAAAUCGUUGUGGCAACGAUUAAUGAAAAUGAACGACUCAAUUUAUUCGCUCAAGAAAUACAAAACGAAUUUUCUUUUCGCAUAUUUAUUUUAUUUUCAUUCGCGGCAAUGUGUUUGUGUGCCGUGGCCUCUAAAGUUUACAUGAAUCCUUUGGGCAGUUUUGCUUACAUUUUCUGGAUGUUUGGUAAAAUUCAAGAACUUAUGAUAAUUGGUGAAUUGGGUUCCACCAUAAUAGCUACGACCGACGAAGUCAGCAGUGUGUACUACAAUUCCAAUUGGGAGUUUGUUAUAGCACGUUCCUCAGACUCCAGCGAAAAUGUACGACUAAUGAAACUGCUAACUAUGGCAAUCGCUUUGAAUCGGAAACCAUUCUAUUUAACUGGCUUAAAUUUCUUCACUGUUUCCUUAAAUACGGUGAUUAAGAUAUUACAAGGAGCAGGUUCAUAUUUUACUUGCUUGAUAUCAUUUCGUUAAAAUAAAAAAUAAAAAACUGUAUUAUAAACGCAUACGCAAAAUAAAGAGAUUAAUCUUCUUCUUUAUGCGUUAGGGAUAUUCACAUUGUAAAGUGUACGUUCGAGUAGCAGAUUGUAUUGCAAACAUAGUUACUUAUCGAUUUUUCUAUGAAAUCCUUUCACCUUGCCUGUAAGCAUUUGCCACAAAGCGUUUUCUCCCUGUGAAGGUAGAAGCAUCUUAAAACUGAAAUACAUAUAAUACAUACUUUUUGGAACUUUUGAUAAAAGCAAGAAAAGCAUGCGCUCGUUUUUCUCCUUAGUUCAAGGUCAAUACUACAAGUGAUGUUGAUGGUGAACUUGACGGAUGGCGAAAAUUGGACAAAAUACAGAAGUCGAAAAUCCAUGAUCAGGCGAAAAAAAACCAAUUGUCAGGAGAACCGUUAACAACUGCACAUAUAUAUUAUAUCUGGUCAACUGCGUGCGAUAGUUUGAUUGCUCCACCGAAAUGCUAUCAACACAGCAGGCGAAAUGUUCUACAAAUGAGAACGUGAUGGCUUUCCAACCCAUAUGCCAAAACUCGACCAGGAAACUUUAACAGCACUGAACAGGAGUUACCCUACAUUAUUCCAUCUGGUUACCAUUAGAUUCAAAGGAUGACUUCUUCUCUUCCAUUCUCCCUCAAAACACCGCUAAUACGGAAUUCAUGCCCCGCCUAAAACAUGAAAGAAGU